UAUGCGCAAACGGUGGUUGCAGUGGUCAGGGCGGCUGCGAAUCGUAUUUACAGAUAAAUUAUGAGUUGAAGUGCAGAACGUUCAUGGAAGUAGAAGCAUAUAAGUUAAUGAGAUCCUGAAAUGUGUAAUGAUGCGCAUAUGAUUACAAUGUGUUAAAUCCUUGAAAGCACGUUUAUUCCUGUUGUUGCUUACAUCGAUAGGGCGGGUAGCCAUUACAUGCUGCUCACAUGACCCUGUUGUUUGGCCCCGUGAUCAGUCGGCACGUUCCUGGCAAAUUCAAAUUGCUGUGAGGUGUUUACGAUGGAUAUAUUCGAUCAUGAUUUGGAGAACAGGUAUGUUUAUUGACAGGGAGUGAUAAGACAGACUAAGGAUGGAUCUUGGGCGUUAUCAUCUUCAAUCUCCCGCUGAAGGUCACCUUGUGUUGUUUAAAAAUGAGUUUUGACAUAAAUAGUUGGGUGGCCAGUCCUGAUAAGCCUGCCUGAGCUGUUUGUUGAUAGUACUACGUAAUUUCCUCCAUGAGCUUCAUACUGUGUUUCAGAUAUCACUUGAGUCGGGAAUUAUGAAGUCUGUGUUACGCUUGCGGUAAGAUAGCGAUAAACGUGUACAAAUUUGAGACUCAAAUGUGAAUUCUUAGGUUAAUGGUGCAGUAAGUUAUGUGAGCGUAUGGCUGAUACAAUGGAAUCUGAAAGAUUUCCCCUCAUCUUUUUAACUAGUCAGGAGAAGGACGGUGAUGGAAGUGAAGACUGUGUAACUGACUCAAAAGACAUUAUAGCUGCACAGAGUUUGACAAUAGUCGAAGAGGAUGGAUCGCUUGGGUCUGUGGAAGAUCAAAGUGCAGUGGCGGAGCUGGCACAAACUCAAGGGCUGUUGGAAGCCGGUGAUGAAGAAGUACAAUAUCAGUUUAGAGCAGCAGAUUCAGGCACAGUUACGUACAGAGUGGUCCAGGUGACAGGUGGGGACAGCCCGGAGCACCAGAUGCCACAGGUUGUGGCAACUGCAGGGGAUGGCACAACGUUUGCUACAGCGGGGCCUGCAACUCCAGGCAUCCAAGCUGUGCUGACGAAUCCUCUCAAUGGCCAAGUAUAUGUGAUUGGCAGCACACCUGAGGUAUUCACCACACAAACAGCAAGGCCUGUGGCUACACGAACAUCUGAAUCAAGUUUGGGAAGGGGGAUAGUGCCCACGCGUGAUGACAGGAGAAGAGCAACGCAUAAUGAAGUUGAGAGGAGGCGCAGGGAUAAAAUAAACAACUGGAUUGGGAAACUCAGCAAGAUUAUACCGAACUGCUCGCCUGAAUCUACAAAAACUGGUCAGAGCAAAGGUGGAAUUCUGGCGAAGGCCUGCGAGUACAUAAAUGAGCUGCGCGAAGCCAACAUCCACAUGACAGACACGGCACGUCAUCGUGAAAAGGAACUGGAACAGUUGAGAAGGCAGAAUGAAGAGCUGAAACGGGAAAAUGCAGCACUGAGGGCACGAUUGGCACAGGUGGGGGAAGGUGCAGCAGCUACAUGAGGUGUCGGAAGUGUAAAUCCUCGAAGGGGAAGGAGCGGAGGUAGUCAUUGGCUUCGAUGAACCCAUUGGCACUGGGUCACUAAGCACUGUGGACUCAGAGGGUGUGUUCCUGAAAUUUGUAUACUCCCUCCUUCCUCCAACAACGCGUUAAUUUGAAUGUUGUGCUGUUAAGAGCACUCUUGUCAGUCACUUGUUGGGAUUUACUUAAGUAAAACGGUUUCUGUGACGGUUGUACAUAUGUCGUUAUAACUAUAGCAUGAUAUGUAUAAAAGUUGUUAGUUUUGAUUGUGGCUGUGCGUAGUGAUUAAGGAUGGAGAUUGAAGCACCUAUAGCUAUGUUGUAAAUGAAAUUCUGAAAAGACCUGUUCUCUCUGUCACUGCAUGUAAAAAAAUAAAAUAUUUGUUCAGGAGAUUAGUGUAAUUCUUACAGUUGAACAUUUUUUGCUAAAGUGAAACUGUCUGCAUUUUUUGUGUCUAAUUACAUGUUACUGUUUUCCUGGAAAUGUGUGACUGUUCCCUCAUUAGGUAAUCAUUUACAUUUUAAGGCUCCUAGUGUGAUGCACAGGGAAGAAAAGCAAUGUUUCACUUCAUUUGUUCCUCAGUAGUAAUCUGUGAACUGUAGUUUAUAGUAUAUGUAUAAAUCUUAAGAUUUGAAAAUGUACUCUAGAGGCAGCAUUAGCGGAUGCUUAAUCGUACAGCUCCAUAGAUGGUUUAACUAUGUGUGUGUGCUGCCCUGUUCAUUAUUAUCUCAAUUACUGCCAUGCAUUACGCAACAGUUUCCACAGAUUAUAACUUCCAUUAUGCCAAUAGCUUUGACUUUGACCGCUAUGCAUUUUUCAUCAUUUGUGGUUUGCAGAAAUCUAAUAUAAAGUGUGCAAGCUGUUUUUCAGGAGAUUUCAUUGACUAUUACACAAUUCAGUGGCUAAGAAUUGUCUAAUGAGUUUGAUAAUGAAAAGAGGAGAAAGUCUCUGAUUUGAAGAUUGUCACUUUAUUGCACUGUUACUUUUGCUGCUGACAAACCAAUUUUCCAGACAACAUAUUUUUCACAUUUGCCAUCAGUAAUGACUAAAAUACUACCUGCACUUCUGUUGAGAAUCGUAACCAUUUUUGUUCGUGUGGAAACAGCUAUGAUUGACUGUAAGUAGCCUGUAAAGUUGUUACUAAAAAGUAGAAAUAAUGUUCUGAAAAAAACUGAACUCUGUAUUCCACUGCUGUGAUUUCCCCCAUCCAUCAUAUCCCUGUGUGUAACAGUUACUGACCUGUACGGUGACAGAGAGGAAUGACAUAUUGUCAGACUAAACCACCAAACUAUGUGGUACUGCUGUAUUAAAUUAUGUGCUGCAUUAGAAAUACAGUAGAUUACAGAGAUUUUUAAAUUAGAAGUGAGUAGUUUUUAUGAAUUUCAACCCUAUGCAAUUCAUUCAGAAUGUACUGUCUUUAAACUUUAACCAGUUUCUUUUAGGAAUAGUGAAAUGAUGCGAGAUGUACCUAAGCAAAACUAUGUCCAGUGAGAAAGGAAUCCUGUAUUCACCCAUGCAAAAGUGGUUGUACUGAUAAGAGAAAGACAUUAAGUGUACUUGAAAUAGUCACUUUUAAUAAUCUGUUUUAUGGUUUUUUACAAGCUUUAUUGGUAUGACAUGCAGUCAGUUUAGCCUUUCAAAAUAAAUAAGUCUUCUGCUGAUUCAGUUGACAUCUAUAUUGAAUUUUGAGUUCAUAUGUAAAUUAUAGAACUUUACAUAUUUUUGAGGUUCAUAUCCCACAAAACAUUUGAUGUACAGAAUUUGUGCUUAGCAGAUAAUGUAAAUAAGAGAAAAAUUAUAUAUACAUUUAUUAAUGUAUGUAAAUAUGCAGAGUACUUCCCUCCCCACCAAGAAAAAAAAAGAAAA